ACCUCCAAUUGCCAUGGCCGCUGCUGCCACCACCCACAAGCCCCUUGCCAAGGAGCACCUGCCUCGCCGGCGCAGCGUAAGCCAGAUCUGUCCCCCGCCACGGCGGCCGAUGACCCUAGCAGAGUUGUACCCGGGCUGUGAGAACGAGCGGCUGGGCGUGGUGCGUGAAAGUAUGCUUCAAAAUCAUCUCAUCAAUAAGCCGGAACUGGGGAAGCCACGCCGAAGCUGCUAUACUCUCCCAGGAUACGACUUCAAUUACGGGUUAUAUCUGCACGGGACUGAUGGAGGGGUACCUGAAGCCAUUGGCCACUGGAAUACAACAAAGCCCAGAGCCCCUUCAGCGAAGGAACGUGGCCGUGAUUACAAGACUAUGAACCGCAAAGCUGUCCAAGAGGGUUAUGUCACUGCACAUGAGCAUAACCUGUACCGGAAGCUCAAGGACAUCCGCUUAAGUGAUAACGACGAGCGACGCUUUAAAAAGACGCCCCCCAAAGUCCCUGCGGACAUGACCUAUGGAAGACCGGCAAGGCCUUCCACCCCAUUCUUCGACCUGCUUCAGCAUAAAUACAAAGAUAUCUGGAUGGAACAGCAAAGAGUCCUUAUUCGAGCCCAGAAGGAGGAGAAGAAGCAAAAGAAACGCAGAGGGAAAGUGUACGAAACGUACACAAGUAUGCUCCGGAAGUUCCAGCCCCCGAUGAAGACAGAGCAGCUUUGGCGCAUGCCCCACUUUCAGAAGAUCAGUCCACAUCUUUGCACCUUCCCGGACCAGGAUGCACGGAAGAAGGCCUUGGAAGUCUUCCGCUCAGAAGCCCCUGUGAGAUGCGGCCCCCUGGCCACGGGGAUUUACACCACGGCCUAAACAAAGGCGGAAACGGAGACCCUGCGCACCACCAGCAUCUCACCUCCCGUGCACAUCUCUUUGGUUCAGAUUUCGGGCAGGAUCCGUUCACCUUUGUAUACCUGAUUAAAUGUAUAGUUUGCCAAAA